AUAGUUGAAUCAGUAUCAGAGUAUGGACUGGCACCUGGGUAUUUGUGUAAAUAUAAAGAUAUUCAAAUUAAAAUUUUUUUAUCACCUACUAACACAAUCUCAAGUGUUUAUCAAAAUAUAAUGAAAACAGCAACGAAAUUUUCAGGUCCGGCUAUAAUGGGAUUUGAUAAUCCAAUUAUAUCUGAUAUUUUAAUUCAAGACCUUCCUUUUCAAGUAUAUGCAUUUAUCUUGGAAAAAUUACGAGUUUGGAUACUUGGUAUAGAAAAAUCAAGUAAACCUGAAUGGAAUUAUGCAGGAACUG